CCUCACUGCCGUUAGCGAUCCUGUUAUACCUCACCUGAUUUACGUAGGAAAUGGCUCGCAACGAACGCAAACUUACCUCCCGGAUUAAGGAAUCCUAGCCAUAGCGCAUCCAGUCUUACGUUACAACUAUAGAUUGACACUUAAUUUUGGACGAGGCUGAUCAUUUGGGGUUUCCUGCUCUGUGCAUGGUGGCCCGACGAAGCAGGCGCUAUUGAACCGCAGCGCCGACUGCCAACGGCAAUACUGGCAAUACUUUUAGGCUUCUAGUAUAGGGACCUUCGUAGACAAGCGUAUGGAGGAAUACGAAUACGUCUCAACCCUUGGUGAAGGCGCGUACGGCUACGUCUGGAAAUGUCAGGAGCGGUCCACAGGUCGGGUGGUGGCCAUAAAGGGCUUCAAGCAGGCGCACGAGGAGCCGGAGAUCAUGAAGCUGGCGAUCCGGGAGGUGCGGGUGCUGCAGGCGCUCGACCACCCCGCCAUCAUCCAGCUCAUUGAGGCCUUCAAGUCCAAAUCGGGCCGCGUGUACAUGGUCUUUCCGUACAUUGGGCGCAGCGCCUAUCAGGAGCUGGACCUCCAGCCGAGCGGCCUGAACGCCCCGCAGCUGAAACUGCUUGUCUGGCAGCUGCUGCAGGCGCUGGUGUACCUGCACCGCCGCCGGGUGGUGCACCGGGACAUCAAGCCCGCCAACAUCCUGCUCGCGGACUCGGGGGUCAUCAAACUGUGCGACUUUGGGUUCGCGCGGCCCACGCGGUGCGGCCCGCGGGACGCGCAGCGGCUGUCGAGCUACGUGGUGACGCGGUGGUACCGGGCGCCAGAGGUGCUGGUGAGCGACGCGUACGGCCCGGCGGCCGACGUGUGGUCGGUGGGCUGCACGGUGGCGGAGCUGGCGACCGGGCAGCCGCUGUUCCCAGGCAAGUCCACCCCGGACCAGCUCUGGCGCAUCAUGCGCUGCUUCGGACCCCUGGCGGCGCCGCAAGCGGAGCGCAUGGCCGCAGACUCCCGCUUGGAGGGACUGCGGGUGCCGCCGCGCGGGCGGAGCCUGAGGGAGCGACUGCGCGGCUGCGACCCCGGACUCUUCCGCCUGAUAGAGGCGUGCCUGCAGCCGGACCCGCGGCUGCGACCCACGGCAGCAGAUCUGCUACAAAUGCCGUACUUUUGGAGCGUGCCACGGCUGAUUGCGGGCACGCCGCUGGAUGAGGUGUACGCCAAGUUGUUGUGCCAGCAGCAGCCGGCGCCGCAGCAGCAGUCGUACAGGAGGCUUCCGGAGGUGGACGCGAGCAGCACGGCAGCCAUGGCGGCGGAUGCGAGUGUGGCGGCCGAUGCAGCGGCGGCGGCGGUGGUUGUUCCUCCGUCGGUUAUGGCUCCGAAGCCCGCGCGGCUGGCUCUGGAUACCUCUGCUCGGGGGGCCCGAGGUGAGGGAGCAUAUGUUGGGGGCGUUGACAGCGGCGGAGGCGGUGGCCGGGCGGGCGCAGGCCCCGCUGCUUCCACGCCGCCUGCUGUGCCUGCGACCCCGGACAUGGCGGCAUCCGAACACCGAGCAGCGCUGCCAGCCAUUGAGUUUGAGGGGUCUGGUUCGGGGUCGAGGGAGGGAUCGGAGUCGGGUUCAGCAGCAGCAACGGAGGCCUCAUCCGCUUCAGGCGCUGGCAGCCCGGUGGGUUCGGAGCGCGGUGCUGCGGAGCGGCCGCUGGGUGCCACCGGGUGCCCCUCCUCGCCCUCGGUAUCGUCGACUGCUGAUGCUGAUGCGGCUUCGAGUAGGGGCAUGUCCUCGUCUGCAUGUUCCUUGACAGGACUCGACCAGCGGGGAGGGGAGCUAGGGGGAGGUGGAGAGGGGGAUGCGGAUGCGGACGCAGCAGCCGCAGAUGUGGGUGCUGUGGUGGGGCCGGAUGCGGAGGAGUACGUGGCUGUAGCAGCGGCGGCGGAGGAUGAGGGGUAUGGGAUGGUUGGGUUGCAUGAGGAGGAGGUGGCUGUGCUGGCUGCCAGCCUGCAGGCGCCUCUCUUGAACUCCUGCAGGUCAAUUGAGGCGGAGGAGGCGGAGGAGUCGUUGCAGUUGCAGCGGCAGUUGCUGCAGCAACGGCAGCAGUCGAUAGACGCUGAGGAGCGGCAGCAGCAGCAGCAGCGACAGGGGCAGCAGCUGGGAGGGAAGUCUUCAUCGGAGGCUGCAAUGCCGCCGCUGUUACUCCUCCUGCAACACCAACAGCAGCAGCAGCAAGGGCAACAGGAGCAUGGCGUAAACGCGGCACGUGCGGCUCCUUCAGAAGGCGGAAAUACCGGCGUCACAACCGCAGCAGCCGCCUCCUCAUCCACAGCAUCCGCUGCCCCCUUUGGCAGCUACAUCAUCGGCAGGGACCCCUCGCGCGUUCUAGACUUUGCAACUGCUGCCACGUCUGGGCCCCAACAGCAACCGACGCUCGCCCGCGCAUCGCCGUUAGGAGCCGCAAACGCCGCGGAGCCCUGUGCCACGAUGGCCCCUGUGCUACGGCCCGGUUGCUUGUCCCCGGUGCAAGUGUCCGUGGAGUUGGCGGACGACGACACCAGUGCCACUGCGCUCGUGUGUGCGGGCGCUUCCUGCACGGACGCAGAAGCUAAUGCUCCACCGCUGACCGCACAGGCAACCUCGCAGCAGCAGCAGCAGCAGGACAGCUUGCCGCAGAAAGGCAACGGAGCUGGCACGGUGGUUACGAACGGGGAGGCCGUAAGCCUAUCUUGGCAGGGCAUUGUCGAGGGACGUGUUGCCCAGGGCGGUGUCACCUCGGCUGGCGGCGAUAAACCGCCCGCUUCCACUCGUCCGUCAGAUCGCGAGGGUUCCGCUGUAGUGUUCCCGACUGUGUUUGUAACCGCACUGAGUGCCCCGCCGCCUGCCACUUUCAACGGCUCACCGUUUCCAGUGGGGAGUGCCGCAGUGGGCGGCGGCGGCGCCACUGCUGCUGCUCCUGCCACCGCUGGCGAGUGUUCCGCCGCCGCCGCCACCCCCUCGCCUUCUGGCGUGUCUUGGCGAGGACCGACGCCCUUCUCAGGCGCGCCCUCAAGCCCCUCUCCAUUGCUAGCUGAGGCCUUCAGUGCUCCCACCGCUGACACCUCCACCGCGCGCCUUCUCGGGUCAACCGCCAUGUCGGCCGCCUUAACGUCUGGCGCGCUUGGGCGCUGCGACACCGCCAAAUUUGAACAGUGCCCCAGUGCGCCGUCAGCGGCGCUGGCGCGCCUACGUUGCGGCCCUCCGGCUCCCGCGCCUGGCCGAACCUACGGUUGCGGGGUUGGCGACGGCGGCAGCGGUGGCGGCAUACCCUACGAUCCGCAGACCAGCAGCAUGGUCAGCCCGAACUCCUCCUACUACCUUUCCAUGGCGGCAAGCGGGGGCGGAAUGGAUGGCUCCAUGAAUCCCAUGCCGGCCCUGGGCGAGUGCUCCACACCCACCGGCGCCCCCAUGGCGCCUGUCGUACCGUCCCAAGUCGGACCUCCCCCGCAUGUACGGCGUUUCGCUGCGGUACGGGGAUCCAGUGGCGGGACGCCGGCGGGAAUGGUUAUGCUGGGACCUGGGCUGUCGCCCUCGCUUAGCGGAGAUUUUGACGAGGAGAAUGCCUUUGCGUCUGCUGCCGGCGCGGCGACGGCUAUGGCGGCGUCGGCGGACGGAGCCUCCCGACAGCAGCAACACACAACGAUACGGGGUCAGCAGCAGCAAGAGCAGCAGUUUAGAUCGCGGAGGUCGGUGGAGUUGCACCCUGUGAGCGCGCCGCGGCCUCAGCUCCUCACAUCACGCUCAGCACGCCUGCAGCAGCCCCAGCUGCUAACUCCAGACGCUGCUGCGGCCGCUGGCGGAGGCGGCAGCAGCGUUGGUGGUGGCAGCAUGCACGUGAGGCGGAAACCCUCCUUGUUGCACCUCCACACGCACACGCUGAUGGGUGGCGGUCGUGACUAUGGACCGGCAGCCGGCGUGCCGCGGCGGCUGGGUUGCAGCUACACCGGCGACCCCACACCGCGCAUGGGUUCGCUGCUGGAGGGCGACGGCGGCGAGCAUGCAGCGGAGGAUUGUGCGGAGGGACGCGGGGUGCCGCUGCCUCCCCACCCGCACAGCGCCACGACGCCCGGCGGCGCUGACGCAGACGCCGUUCCAUGCAUGGGGAAGGUCAGCCUGAGUGGCGCUACGGACUACGGCGCCGGCGUGGAAAUGCCCAUGGAGCACCGCCAUUCCAGCGGCUCCGCCGCCGCCGCCGCCGCAGCAGCAGCCAUCGGGGCGGUGGGCUCUCCUGCGGCUGGGCGAGCCGGGCUACGCAGCGGCAGCAGGACCAGCCUGAGAGGCGGCUUGAAUGUCAAGGUGGCUCCGGCGCCUGCGCCGGUCAGUCGCAACCGCAGCCGCUUCUGCUCCUUCACCACGGCCCGCAGCGUGGGCGCCUACGACGGGGAAUCGCUCUCACCGCCAUUGGAGCACUACCAGCAGCGCUACGCUGCUCGCCGGGAGGGGGCGUACAUGUCUCCAUCGCCACCGCCGCCACCGCCGCAUUCAAUGAUGACUGUAGUGGGAGAGGCGCAGCCAUCACCGGCACAGACGCCGCCAAAGUAUCCCCUUCAACGGUCUGAAUCGCAGAAGCCCCCACGCACCAGUUCCGCCAUGUUGCCUUCUGCGUUCCGAAGCAUGACGUCCCGAUCGUUAGAGGGAUCGGGCACGGCUGCGGUCGCUACGGUGUGUGUGGGAGAGGAGGAGGGCGGCGUGGCAGCGUCUGCCGUGGCUUUGAACUGGAGCCGACGCAGCCGAGACGCGAGCGAGGUGUACCGGUUGACGGAGGCGUCUUUAGACCGGUCUAGCAGCACUAGGAGGAGGGAGAGCAAGUCGGGCGCGUUGUCCAAGUUUGUGAAGGCGGUGAAGAAGGCGAUUAAGGGGAUAGGCGGCAAGCUGUAGUAGGAGGGGCAAAGGACGAGAGGAGGGAAAGGGGUUGCGAGGGCCCUUGGAUGUGGGAGCGGCCAUGCAGGAGGGUGUGAUGUUGGAGCUAGGGUUGGUGAGGUUGUAAGCGGGUGGUGGUGUGCUACAGCAUGAUUGCAGGUGGGGAGGGAGUGAUGCUUGCACUGGUGUGGCAAGAUUGAGCGCUGCGCUUUGAAGAGCACAAGAAGACAGUGCUGAUGCUGAAUUCGGGAUGGGGUUUUCCCGUGCCGCAGGGUGUGCAUCUGCAUGAAUGUAUGCAUGUAUGCUUUCAGGGAUGCUUGCAGGGUAUGACGCAUGGGUUCCUUCAUGCUGUGCGGAAGGCGAGCAGUCCUGGGGUUGCUGGGGUCUUGUGGCUGGAGGUGUGGGGUGAAUCCUCUGUUUACUCUUGAUCGCUGCGCUGGAGCUGUUGCAAGGGUUGAGGACUCACAACGUGCGCCUUCCCUCUUGUGCCUUUGGCAUGCUGUGGCACGCUGUGUUGCCUGUAUGCCUUCUGCCGACGUGGCGUCUCAUGCCCGCGCGCGUACGUUGCAUGCUGUCGUGUUUCAGGUCGUGCUGCCUGUGCAAUGCAACCGCUGUCCUCGUGCAUUUGCCUGCCGUGCGAAGUCAACCUGAGACCCUAAGGACGUUUGGACGAACCAUUCUGUGAUGCCCCAAUGGCCCUUUCUCCAAGUACGACACUCCGGUGGGUUGUGCGCGCAGAUGCCGUCUUGUUGGGGCGCUGUGCCUAUAGUAGUAUCGCAACAGCAAGGCAGCACUUACGGUCUGCAGCGUUGCAUGUUAGCCCCGUGGUUUUCGGCUUGUGAUUCUCGUGCCUCAUCAGCGGGGUCCGUAAAACAACCCGUUCUGACUACUUGCGUUGUUUUCACCUCAUUGGGGUAUUGACCUCAUAAGUAUCCCACCAUAGUGUGUGACUGUUACACGUCGCGCGAGUGGUGCUCUCCCCUUCACACCCCGUGUGUCCGGCAUACGUUUUGUCCGUUGGCCUGCUGACGUUUGUGCUUGUUUUCUUAUACAAGCUAAUAAAGAUAUGAUGAAUGCAUGUGUUAGUCACGCAGUGUGGCGCUGGUUCUUGGUUCUUGGGAGGUCAGGCGCAAAGACGGUGUUAUCCUGUCCUGCGGACCUUCCGCGCAGGACAUUGCCGUGCGUGUUGUGGUGGUGUUCACCGUGCAACGCUCAUUGGAAGCUGGAUCGCGCGUCCUGUGCGUGGAGAAGAACGGGCCGCGAGCCAGAACACACUGUGCUUGCUGGAAGGUUAGUCCCCACUGAAACGCGUGUGCAUGUGCGUCUCAUGGAUGAUGCUUUUCCUGCAGGGCGGGUUGAGUGUGUAUGCGGCGACGUGGAGAGAGGGCAGAGAGCGUGCAAGCGAAGCUUUUCACAUGCUACGUUGCUCGAUUCGGUUUGGUCGGUCAAUGAAGAAUGAGUCGCCUUGCGAAGUGUUGUAUGGAGUGCGCAGUGAUGGUCUAAGCACCCCGGCCCUCCAAGAGUCGCGUGGUGCUAGCGGGCAAGGCUCCCCUUGCCUAAGUGCCGAGUGAGGCUGCAGAGGCGGUGUACGCACGUGCGCUGGGGCGGUCAAGGAAUGCGGCCUUCCCUGCAGCCCCUUGCCUUUCCUAUGUACCCUCAAGUGCCAAUUUGGCCUACCUAGUAUUGCAAAACAGAUGGAGAAUCCCGUCGUGUGGGGGGCGUUUCCUGGACUGUGCAGAUGGCUGCUGAAAGCUGUGUGUGCGUGUUACCGUUACCGGGCUGGGUGUGCGUUUUGGCAGGUAUUAUGGCUUUGUUAUGACGGAGGUAUAGAUUCACUAGCAGGUGGCUCUCUCUUGUGUGGCUUGCGUGCGUUGUCUCGAGGUAAUGUUGCAUGCUGACGAUCGUUGGGAAUGGUGUCUACGGUGGCCAAAUAAUUUGUCAUCAGGUACUCUUGUGACGACACGUAUUGACCCAUGGUUCUCCGAGGCUGUUGUUUUGUUUUUGGCGGCUCCAUGAAUGACCGUAUUUGCCUGGCAUUGGAGUUGCGUCCAUGCAUGUGGGGUGUAUGUUUGCUUGCUUGCGACCUGCGCGUUGCCACCUGGAUGGUACGCGAAAUCCUUGACGGCCACGUGAGGUGCUGACGUCGACACGUUUUCAUCCUUGACUGCUGCUUUUGCUAUCUGUUGGGAACGACGCCAGAUGCGAUGUAUUGUGUUGGGGUAUGCGUUUUGCUUCGCUCCUACGGGGAUGCCCUGUUGCCCCCUGUUGAGCUUCAAUCGCAUGUGAGUCAAGGCAAAAGCUUAUCAUGCGCAGUGGCUAAUAUUAGAACACUUUUGCUGUUGCUGGCGGGGACUGCUGGGCGCUGGCGAGUGUCCCUAGAGGUUUCCGAGAAGUCCCUGUUGUUGCUGUUGUGCUUUUGAGGUACGUUGCAUUUUUACUGGUUUUUGCACCCAGUGUCAAGAGACGUUGCAUGAUGUGGCGAUCCGUAUGGAAAAUGAAAUAUUGCUGAUGACUUGGUGACUUGAAGGCGUGGCUGUAGGGGACAUUUACACCAGGGGGACACCCGGCGGCAGUAAAUUAAGCGUGCCAUUAGUUCGGUAAGCUGUUGCUUGUAGCCAUGCGUGGACUUGCUGUGCAGCGACGCGCGCGGGGCGCCACACGAAACUGGUGUCGAAUUCAUGCAAGUAGGUUGACGGCCCCUAUGUACCAUGCGAUGUGUGCGGCAUUGCAGGAUCUUGGCGUAGCAGAGUCUCCUCCGUGUCUCGUUGUUUCCUGCACACUCCUUGCUCCUCUUGAUUGGCUGGUUGAGCUCGGGGUAGCGCCGUCUUAUAUUAACAAGUCGGUUGCGUCUCUUAAUGCAACUGAACGGCGAGUCCGUACAACGGCAAUUUUCCACACGACCACGCUGCGAGUUUCUCUGAGCCAAUGUUGCAAGUUGGGUCUGGUGCGUCUGUGACCUCUGACAUGCUCUGAUUCCGUGACUCCUUUCCUGUUGUGUUUGAAGUUAACUGUUCCGGGCAUGGGAACUGGAGCCAUGUUGUGUUUGGCUUGGUUUCACACGGCACGUGAUCUCAAUUAAAUUCGCAGCUUGGUCGCGGGGUUUUGAUGCGAAUUGAUGUGGGCAGUCUGAUGCUAACCAAGCCCGCCGGGCCAAACGCAUGCACGCUACUGCACACUCGGAUGUGCUUCGUGGCCUCCAUGCGCUGUGUUCAUUGGGCCACCGGGGUGAUCUACGAACGCUUUAAUGCUGUUAGUCCUCUUCAGCACCUUAGGGGCAGUGGGUAUGGGCACUGAAUGGAAGAAUGCUUGCUGCAAGGGGAUGCCUCGGGUGCCGGAAUUGUUUACUAUCUGGUUGCAGAAAGCAUCAUGUGACACACCCUGACAAGGACAGUAAAGGCCGGUACCGUAUAGACGGCGUUCUGUCAGAGAGCUUGGGUAGGGCCCCGUUAUUACUGGAAGGAACAUUACUAGGUCGACGCCAUUAAUGGAAGGAAUACCUGUGGGCAUGGCUGCAAGGCUUGGGCGCACAUGUUGCGUUAGCUUGGUGACCUCAAGCUGUGCAGUAGCGUCCGUGCUCAGCUGCACACAUGCAGUGAAUUACGUGGACCUGGUGUGGACAGCCUCCUACUGUACUCAUGUAAGGCCACUCCCCGUUGCGCCCAACGCCACCAUAUCGCUUCACACACACGUGCAUCCGUGACUAUGAACACAACGCAUGGUACGGUACUGCAGGAGCCUGUACGCGCCUGUCCGCUGUAACGUAA